AUGAUCACGUUGGACGAGGACCAGUACCGUACGGAAGAGUUUUUUCGCAAGACAUCGGCGCCCAAAUGGUCAAAUGAGCGUCGUAAACAGAUUGAGAUAUUUCUGGACCAUCAUCGCGUUGUGGGUAAGUGUGUAGCAGUCGUGACCUCUGGAGGUACCACCGUUCCGCUUGAGCGCAACACUGUGCGCUUCCUAGACAACUUUUCCACGGGCUCAAGGGGCGCCGCUUCUGUUGAGUAUCUAUUGGGACUUGGAUACGCUGUGAUUUACGUGUAUCGACCGGGAUCUGUUGCCCCCUUUGCUAGACACUUGCAGAAAGCGACAUGCUCAUCGCUGGACGUCAAGUUCCUGCAGCAUGUAAAUGUACCGACCAGCAAUGGUAACUUCCACGAGCAGCAAAUUCGUCUCCUGGUAGAAGAUCCCACAGCAAAGAAGAAGGUGAUUGACGCUGUAAAUGGUCUUAGGAAGGUGCAUACGACCAAUACGCUGCUGACGCUCCCGUUCACGUCUGUAUACGACUAUUUUUUCAUGUUGCGGAUGGUGGCGACGUGUGUAAAGCCUUGGAAAGAGCGUGCAUUUUUCCUCUUGGCAGCAGCAGUGAGUGACUUUUACAUACCGGAGCCUGAUUUACCGGAGCACAAGAUCCAGUCACGAGUAGGUCCACUUGAGUUGACGCUGCAGCAAGUACCCAAGAUGCUGGGCGUAUUGCGUCACAACUGGGCGCCGCAAUCCUUUGUGGUAUCGUUCAAGCUCGAAACAGACUGGGAUGUUCUCCGAAAGAAAGCUAAGCAGGCAAUUUCGAAGUACGCAAUGCACCUGGUGAUCGCUAACGAGCUACACUCGCGAUUCAACGAGGUGCUUCUAAUUACGGACAAAGAUGAGCGUUCCAUCACUCGAUCGGAGAAAGAAGUUGACAUUGAAGAGGCAUUGAUGGAGGCAGUGGUGCGCGUGCACUAUCAGUACAUCGCAUCGCAUGACAUCUCGGUGCCCGAUGAAAUUGGCCACCACGUCUCGCGUCGUUACCUUUCCGGUGCGUGGAAGAAGGUACCAACAUCCGUGCAGAAUUUGCUGUUCGUGAUCGAAAAGCACAAGGAAGAGAUCCUUGGUGUCGUCGUGGGCGGUUUGCUGUCCGUCCUGCUCAAUAUGCUGCAGCAUCGGUCUCGCUAG